AAGCGCUGUUGCAGAAACCGUAGCGUCUGAAAUGUUGGAAUCAGACGAAGAGGGAAGCUACGACCCCGAGGCGGUCUUCAGGCUGAUGGAAGCAGCAAGGUUGAGCAGGCGUUUGAAAUAUGAAGAAAAUGACACAACCACCUUGCCAAAAAAUCAUUUAAUUUCACAGAGUGAUAGCGUUCAAGACCGACAGCUUUCGUUUAGAGAGCAAGUUUCUCGGGGAAAAAUGGAGGGACAUGAAAACCCAGGCAGUGCAGAAAUUUUAAACUUGGGAAUGAUCAAGACGAGUGAUUCAACAACAACGGAAACUUAUACCAUUAGCAAGGAAUCUGUAUAUGUUAACGACACUGAUGAAUUAACUUCCAGCAAAACAUCACAUCGAGAAGAUAAUAUUGAACCUACUGAGGAAAAGGAAACUUCUACUUUCAUAAAUUCCAAGCGUAGAAAAACAAGAAGAAAACUUACGUCGAAAAGAAAAAUUGAUGGAAUUGAAGCGUCAUUGAUGAAUGCUAAGGGAAACGAAGAAAGACUACAAAGCAUUCUUUCAAAAUAUGAUUUAAAACCACAUGCUUCACUGACCACACCAGCCUACGACGAAAAGCUCGAAAAUAAAACCAAAACCGACGCAGAAAAACAUAUCGACAAACACAACACUGCUACAGAGAACAACAGUACAAAUGGUUCGGUAGAAACUCCACUACAGGAGAGAAAAGUCACUUCGUCAACUAGAAAUCAAAGUUCCUAUGUGAUGAUGACUCCAAGAGAAAUUACAAAAGAAAAACUCGAUGAGAAUGCCCGAAACUUGAGGCUCAGACGACUAACACCAAAAACCAGAAUUGGAUCUCAAAAUGGCUCAAAAUCAAAAGAAAGCCUUGAAAGGAAAUUCGAGCAGCCAAAAGUGAAUGACGUGAAGAAAUUGACAUUACAUCAUGGCAAUGAUAGUAAUCGAUUGCGCAGUAAUUAUUCAGGAAGCAAUCAAGACACUUUGAAAUUGAAAUUGGAUGACUUCGUAAAAUCUAACUCACAAUCAAAAGAAUCUACAAAUCUUGAUUUAUUCCCAAUAUACGAACAAGACAAAGAAGGGCUUAUUGCAAUUGUGUCGUCAACUACCUCAAGUUCACAAAGAGAUUAUGCUUAUAAAAGAGUCCAUGAAUCAACGAUGAAAAAUGAAGAAAGCGACGAGUCAGAUAUCGAAAAGUACGUCGGUGCGUCCUCAACAGACGCCCGGCAAACGAACGACGAAAUAAGAAACGGACCCAGAUCUGAUUAUCAAGAAACUAUUCAAUAUUCCAAGAAUAUCACUUCACUCCCAGACAAUCAUGAUGCAGCAGACAACUAUCAACUUUCCGAAACCCGGGCAAAUCAUCAGAAAGCUGCAGGUACCAACGUAGUAGAAUCAGUCACUGCAGGAAAUUCGGGUACGGACGCUCGACCGAAAUUGUCCGACGCCGAUGUCCGCAAAAAACUGAGAUCGAGACUUACGCCUGAGCUUAGAAAAUCCAUCUUGCAGAGAAGUGCGAGGCUUCGAGCGAGGCGUCAGCACAAUAAACAGCAUGGUAACGCCUCCACAAUCAACGCUCCAGCAACAGAGGGUGAAAUGGACGAACUUAGUACGAGAUGGGGAAGUAGUUUGACAAAAGAAAAACCCCGAUUGGCAAUUCACCCUGGUAGUAAACAAGCCGAUGACAUUUCUUUUAUCAAGUCCGAAAACCAAUUCCACUAUGAAGAGGAAGAUCCGUCAUCCACACACCAAGCUUCGAAAGAACUGACCGAGAAGCAGCAUCGUCCGGUUCCCUUCAAGAUCGAAGCCAAAACAGAACACGAGAGCAUCACAAGUGUUAUCGAUUCACACAACUUAUCAGAUGGAAAAACGUCAAAAGAAUAUCUUAGUUACGACGACUUAUACGAUCCAGCACCAAGCCAGCCACGUUAUACCACGAAGCCAAAGAAAAUAACACGAAAGAUCCCUUUGUCUAACAAGACUACUACGCCUGGCACAACUACGAGUGAUGAGGUUCAAAUUGUAGAAGACAGUAAAGAAAGAGUGCAUAAAAACAGCUCGGAAAAUGCAGGAAAGAAUCUUUUCUCGUCAUAUAAUUAUCCGGUAUUCGGGAGGACACGUACACCAACACCUCAAAUCGUUCAUCCAUCAGCGAUAAAUCCUUAUAAUCCAGUUUUCCCAACAUCAAUCAGUCCUGUGUUUGUCCUAGGAAUGGGCGACUUAAGGAACCAACAACCUCUCAACCCGAUACCUAUCCCGAUUUCACCUCUUCCGGUCCCGAUCUCUCCUCUUCCGGAACUUCACCACGUGCCUCCUAGGCUUGAGGUCCCACGUCCGUUUAUUGAACCAGGUUUGGUUCACCCUGGGAACUUGGUAACAUUUACCAACCCUCUCGUUCCACACGUCCCCUCUUACCGCCCAUCUGCUCCGACGAUACAAAGUAAUGGCAUAACCAGUCCCGUGCCGCCAUAUUUUUUGGCAGAAGAAUUUAGUGCCGGAGCAGAAGCAAGUCAAGAAGAACACAGAGGCACGUUAGAUUCGGAUGACGCGGGGAUAUUGCACGAAGAGUAUGACUACGCUGAUUAUACAUACAGUCACGAAGAUUAUCUAGAAGACAAUGACAAUUAUAUUAAACAUCAAGAGGACGAGCGCGGUGAGCCAGUGCAGUACGGGUACAAAGUGGCCUCUGCAGACACGGGCAACUUCCAGCAGCGCGACGAGCAAAGGGACGGCAAGAAAGUCAAGGGGUCUUACAAGGUGGCGCUACCGGAUGGUCGCAUACAGACGGUGACGUACAUCGCAGACGACGGAGGAUUCAGGGCUGAAGUGACGUACGAACACAUCAACUCUAUCGGUACGUCGACAGCGUUGCCGCCAAUUGCCACGACGUCUUGGCCAGCCCAAGCUACUUCUUCCCAACCUCAUUUCAAUCAACAAAGACUAACGCUCAGGAACCGUAUAACAGGCCAUUCCUUAACUACAGUUGCACCGUCCCAACACCCGACACAAAGCGCAAUACCAAGUUUGAUUGGUGCUGCGCAAGAGAUAUUACAUCCUAGGCCGUUAACCGAACCUCACAUAAAUCUUCAUUCAGUUUCACACGAGAGGAAUCAAGCAUCAAAAGAUCCACUCAACAAAGCCCCAACACAUCAUCCCAACAAACCAGUAAGAAUUCAAUCGACUUCUCAUAUACCGCCACCCAGAGACGGUCACAUCGAUAAUGACGAUCCAAACACAAUUCCAGUGAUAACAAACAACGAUUUUCACAUUGAAAUUCAAUCAGAGGAAAAGCUUCCUCAGCCAACUCCUAUUCCUGUGUUUAACCAAAGACCGACGAAGAAUUUUCUGGAAGGUUUCAUUACAGGCAUCAAUGACCAAGUCCAGAACAAGAAACACAAUCCGAUUAAACCAGCACCAGUCAAAAUUUCUAUCCAUCAUCCGCACGACAUUCCGUUUUAUCCUGGAAUCAACUUCCCUUCGACAGAGCCCCUAAAUACAAUACCAGUGACAACUCCAAUCAAUGAACUUAAGUUACCACAAAGUACAACACAACGGAAUCCAUUGGCUCAAACUCAACCUAGCCGCCACCAAAUCGUUCCGAAUGAUGCAGAAUUUCCACCAACCGCGCAGCCAACGAGCAUCCAAGCUCACAAAAUUAAAAAUUCCCGGCUGCCCAAAAAAGGACGAAUUGAUUUCAGAGAGCGUGUGCCAGUCACAACAGUUUCGCCUAACCCAUUCAGAGUAACAAUUUUAGGAUCACAAAAAAGCGUUCGUUCGCGAACGACAUCAAGAGGUAGGGUCAUUCCGGUUCAAAAUCCUCGGCCGGAGGCUGAGGCACCACGGAAGCGCAUAGAAUCGGGCAGUCCGCCCGAUGCAAGGCAUCAUCCACUGGACGAACAAGACAGCUCUUUUUAUUUCAAAGAACAAUUGACUAACGUACAGCCAGCAACUCAAGAACGACCAUCCACGGAAGUGAAAGCUGUGUUAUCACGUCAGCAACCAUUACCGGACCCAGUAACAUCUAUUAUCACACCCUUCAAAUUUACUACGCCCGCCUCUAAUUUAUUCUUCGAUGUUCCAUUAAAAAAAGAAAUGAUACUCAACAUCACACCCAUUCCACCAGCCAGUUACUCAUCAGAUAUCCGCACCUCAGUUCCUUUUACGGCACAACACAAAUUUGAUUCACAUGUUCCUAUUUUCCCACCUAGAGCGCCUACGCACGCUCACCAUUCGUCCAAAGACAGGUCAUUCCGUACCACAAUCCAACCGUUCGUUUCAACAGAAGAGAAAAACAUCCGACAUUCUGUGAUCGCUUCCGCAGAACAAGAAGGGAGGUGGAAAGUUCCACAGCCUCGCUAUCCGCCUCUCCUGCCUGGUGCCUCAGAUGAAUCGCAAUCUCAACUUAGGCUUUACCACUACGAACUUGAGCCAGAAAGUUCCAAAGAAUCAGCCGAGCGGAAAACUCUAUACAAUCCAAACGCAAAAAUCGUCCUGAAAGCUUUGGGUAAGAGCAGGCAAGUACCUUUGCUUUUACCCUACGGAGAUGAGGAUGAUUUCUUGGGCCUUGUAAAGGAAUCGCAGGAGAAUAAUAAGCAGUUCAGACAAACAUCGGGACAUUUUAGUGUUGAAAUAGAUAGCUUUAACCGCUCGACUCAGAGCGCAAGGCCAGUACGAAGCCUAAUACGAAGUUUAAGCUCGAGUGCAGAUACAGUACACAAAAACUAAACAUCAAACUAGCUUAGGCUUAAAAAAUAUUACAUUGCACGUUUAUUGGAAAUAAAAAUUAAUUUCAUUAUUAAUUAGUCGAUUUAAAGUUUUUAUGGAUGACAAAGAAAACUUGAAGAUCAUUUGAAGGAUUGCCAAUACCACAAGUGCAGCCAAAUUUCUGAGUGAAAUAAUGGCCCAAGUGAAUGAAAUACUUAUACAAGAGAUAAAAGUAUAAACUUUACGUCCAAUUGUUGCAAAUAAUAAAACAAGCAUGCAAAUACUUAGUGCUGAAAUAGACCAGCAGGUUGAAUUUAUUGAACAGUGAUACGAGUGCCCAGCUGGUCUUCAAUUGGUGCCCCCAAAGCGCUUUACAUGUAAGUUAAAACUCAUAAAUAAUUGUUAUUUGUAGUCUAGAGUUCCGAUGUUGAACAAUCCAAUGCAGUAUUCAACAUCUAUGCCAAAAACAACGAUUAUUCAAAAGCAUUAAUUCGUCUGAAUCUUACACAACUAAUUCAAUAGUAGGUACUACAACAUAUUUUUAAAGAACCAAGGCAGAGGAAUUCCAAUUUAAAAAAUUUGUUACUGCUUCAAUUGAGAUUUCGUACAUGUGAAAAGAACGAAAUUGAUAUAUAAUUAGAGUUUUACAAAAUAUUUUAGCAAGAAAUCAAAAUCUAGCUAAAUAUUACAACUAUAGAUAAAUUGUAGCAUGCAAUAAGCUGUUGCAUUUUUGAGCCGGAAUUUUUUUUAGUGUAAAUAACUUAUUUAAAUUAUAUAAUUAGUAAACUUUAAUAAUAAGAGUUUGUGCAUCUGUGUGUACCUUAUGAAGUACAAUCAAGUUCUUGUAGGAUAUAUACAUGUCAAAUUUCUUUGUAAUACUCUCUCCUUUCACCCACUUAAACGUCAGAUAAUAAAUUUCUAUGUUAAUAAUAGUUUAUAUCUGCCUAGAGGCAACGAAAAAACUUCAACUUGGAGACAUUUCCAAGCCACCUGCUAUAUAAUGUAUGAACAGAAGAAAAAAUCGAUCAACUGGUAAAUGCAUCAUUAUUUUGCAAGGAUUUAUAUUUGAACAGAAGAAAAUAAAACCUUGAACUUACCGACUGAGAGCCUCACUGCCUGUAGGGGUGCAUCUGGCCGGCAGCUUUGAUGUUGGUCUUGAUGGAGCUGGGCGCCUUGCCAACUGUGGGAAAAAAAAUAUAUUUACAACGA